CACAUACUCGACAAAAUGUCAGAAGGACCCAAAUCCCCAUUCGCCAAGAAGGCACUGGCCGACUCAGUCAAACGGGAGGAAGCGAAGCUCGCAAUCGACCAGUUCAUACAGCGCGGCAUUGCCAACGACACGAUGACUGAAAGCAUCAAGGAUGACGUCGCCAUCCAGGCCCUGAGCUACGCUAUCGAGAUUCUCUACGCCAAGCAAGGCGAGAGCAACCAGCUCGCCAGGAACAUCGCUGCGAAGUAUCCUAAGAAGGCUUUGAGAACUGAGAGGAGCAUCAAGCAACAGCUCUCCGUGCCGACCUAUGCGGAGAUGAACGAAAUGGAUACGGAUCAGAUCAAGACGGAGGUGGUCAAGGUUGUGGGUCAGAUUGUCAAAGUUGCCAAAGAUAUUCGGGGAAUGGGCACUGAAGUGGCGAAGUUUGAGAAGAAAUGAAAGUCCGACUUCGUCCAGGUGAAUAGAGGGGACUCUGCAGGAAUGCAAGCGGCAAAUGGGUAUGGACGCGAGCGAGACAGCGUAUCAAACAAUGUAAGAUGGCCUCACUUCACGUCUUCACCCUGGCAUGCCCAACUGUCCAGUCCAGUACAGCUAGACAAGCACAUGCAGAUUAAGAAAGCUUCGCCAAGGAUGAAGAAACAAAUUGAUAAGUAGUCCAAUCUUGAGAAAUAGUACAGGCUUGCAUACUGCGUUUGCGGUCAG